AUGUCUAAUGAUAUUCCCCUUCCGUCAAUUAAAGAGAUUCAACAACAAUGGAAGAGACCAAAUGAGCUUGACCUUGACGAUGAAAAUAUCAAAAUUAUCGAGAAGAAAAAGGUUUCCAGUGAUGACUUCCUAGAUUUGAAUGUUAAAAAACUCAUGAAAUAUGGCUUGGAAGACGGUUCAGCUGAAAGAAUCGUAAAAUUAGUCAAUACAAUAAAGGGUGAAGAACAGAAUAUGAAGAGGGCUGAAUUAAAUACUCUGAAACCUUACUUUACGAUUAAAGAAAAUCAGAUUUGCCUAAAUAAAGGUGUGAUUAUCGAUUUAGAUGACAUGUUAUACAGAAAUGGAGAAUGUACCGACGUGCGAUUGCCAUCAAUUUUGAUCGAUAACUUUGGAAAAAUGCUAUGUCUACUGGAUGGUGUAUUCUUUCUAGAAGAUGAGGAUAAUGGGUUGAAGCUUCUUAUACGACCCUGUUAUCUGCAAUUAUGUGAAUUAAUUGAAAAUGAUCAUGAAAAAAGUGGCCCAGCCUCUGCUGGUUGUAUGAUUACUGGUACACCCGGUAUUGGGAAGACAUAUUUUGGUCUAUAUCUUUUCUUUUACAUUCGCUACAAUUAUCCUGAUGCUAUAAUAGUAUGGCAAUGCAACGAAACAAUUUUCUAUAAAUUCUUACCUGAUGGUAAUAUGCAAAUAGGAGAUGCUCUCCAGUUUUAUGAAAUGCUGAAUAAUCCUAAUAACUUCUUUCUAGUUGAUUCACAAGCUUUGACAUUUAAAUAUAAGGCUUAUAUGAUCCUGUUCACAUCGCCGAAAAUGGAAAGAUUUAAUGAAGCUGUCAAAUGGCCGGGUUUUAUGAAAUACUACAUGCCAAUUUGGGAUCAAAAAGAAAUCUUCACACUUUGGGAUCUUCAAUACAAGAAUAAGAAAAAUAAGAACGAUGAAGAGUUCACAUACAAGUGGGGUCCAAUAUUCAGAUCGGUUCUUUUAAAGUGGGACAAUAUGUCAUUUCAGAAUGAAUUUAAUAAUCUGAUUGAUAAAGCUGACUUAAAAAUAUGUGUGGACUCUAUUGAUAUAUAUGGCAUGCUUACAAAUACAGCUAGUGGUAGACUCAUACAUCUUGAAAUAAUAUCAAACUUUACGGAAGUUGUGCAUUGUCCUGCUUCUUCGAAAGUAUUCGACACAAUGAUCGAGAAAUAUCUGAAUAGUCAAAGGACUAACGUUCACAAUCUCAUCACAAGCAGUGAUGAUCCAGUAACUGCUGUAUUUUGA